AUGCACCGCACUGUUAUUGUUUGGAGGGCCAACAUGGCGGCUCCUGGCUGCGUCUUCCACAGGACCCUGACCCGGACCAGACCCGGUCCCAACCAGGUGUCCUCGUGCUCUCCCGCCGUCUGCAGACAGUUGAUCUCGGUGGUGGAGCUGCAGCGCUACAGCAGAGACCAGGGGUCCUCAGUCUACUUCCCCCAGGCCGUCCAUAACGGUGAGGACCUGUAUGACGUCACUCUGACAGACGGGGACUGCAGACUCCGUGUGACUCUGGAUCCUGGUCUGAACCGGCUGGUGGAGCGAGGGGUCCUGUUGUCAGGGGCAACGCUCCGAAACGCCGCCUUCAUGCUCCCAGCAUGCCGCGGGGCGUCAGACGCAGACAGUUACAGACUGCUGAGUGCAGAGGUCAAAGGUCACGCUCCAGGUGAUGAUGAUGAUGACGAUGAAGAUGGACUCAGGAGAUCUGAUGUGGACUGGGACUCUCUGCCCUGGUUUGGAUCCUCAGAGACAGCAGGCCCAUUGGUUCCUCUGAGAGCCAAUAGGAUGGUGUUCCUCCCGCUGUGGAACAACGUGGACUACAGCGGGGCGGCGUGGAGGGAGACUCCGCCCACUGAGGAAGAGGACGAUGACGAAGAGGAGGAGGAGGAAGAGGAAGUGAGACGUCCCGCUGUGACCGUAUCCAAGCUGCGUGACUCCUUCCUGUCCGGUCGCCAGGGCGUUGCCAGGGGAACCGUCCAGCAUCAGCUGAUCGUACGCAUCAUCAACAAGUCCCACCUGAUGUAUUACGGGAGGACGGACCGCAACUGUGAGUGUCCGUAUAAGGCGGUGUUGGAGGUGUGCGACAGGACAGGAAGUGUGUGCGUGGUGUUGUGGAACAGCGUAUGUGUCGACUGGUACCGCCGCCUGAAGCCCGGUGACGUCAUCGGCCUGAGACGCUACCGAGUGAAGCAGCACUACCAGGCGGAGAGAGAUGACAUCGAGAUCAGCGUCAACAGCAGAAAUCCUGCCGCUCGCAUCUCUGUUCUCCCAGAAUCCUCAGUGGUGCCUGAACACAUCACACCUGCACCCAACUACAGCUUCUACAGCAGUCAGGAGCUGCUCGACCGACCUCACAGCUUCCUCUGUGAUGUCAUCGGCCUGCUGACCUUCUCAGGACGGCCGGAGCGAAUCAGAAGCAAAGACGGCCGAGGGGCGGAGCUUCUGGAGUACCGCUGGCUGCGAUUGGAGGACGGUUCCAGCGAUCAGCCAAUCAUGGUGAAGCUCUUCUCCACAUCUCAACCUGAAGCUCACCGCAAGCUCCACCCACUAUCUGUGGUUGUUUGUACCAGACUGAGGUUGAUCAGAGCUUCAGAUCAGACUAACGGCUGCUUCUACCUGACAAACACAACCUACACACAGGUGUACUGCACAGGUCUGGGUCACCACUCAGAGAUGAGUUACCGGAAGCUGCGGCCGGUGCGACUCUUCCUGCAGUGGCUGAGGAGCCAGGACGACGCCGGCGUGCUGAGCAGGGCUCUGAUUGGAGGACCGUUCAUCUACCCGCCGCCUCCCGUCUCCCUGGAAACGUACAUGAAGGAGAGGAGAGGUGAGCCAGGUUUCCUGCGGGGGGCGGAGUUUCAGAGGGAGGUGGAGAGGCUCUGUUACCGGGAGCGACGGACCUUCUGUAUCCAGGCAACCGUUACCAUGGUGACCUACUGCCGCAGAGGAGAGGAGGAUCGAUGUCUGCUGUGGACCGACAGACCUUCAUCUCUCUCACCCUCCUCUUCUUCCCCUCGCCUCUCUAAAUCCUCCCCCUCCUCCUCCUCUUCCUCCUCCUUCCUCCACCCUCUCUCCUCCUCCCCUCGUUCACCCCGUCCUCCUCUCUCCUCCUCCCCUCGUUCACCCCGUCCUCCUCUCUCCUCCUCCCCUCAUUCACCCCGUCCUCCUCCCUCCUCCCCCUCCUCUUCCUCUUUCUUCACCGCGUCUCCGUCUUCAGCUGUCAGUCACCUGACGCCUCGCCUCCACCGGAGAGGAGGGAGGUUGUGUAAGAGGAAGCAGCUCCUGCAGGCAGAAACUCCAAAGAAGAGCCCGAGAGUCACGUUACAGCCAGAGCACAACAACAACACAGUCAUCCUGUUCGAAGCCUCGAUGGAGUUUCUAGAAAACACGAACACUGAUGAAGACAACGAUGAUGACGAUGAAGACGCCGCGUCCUUCAUCACCGCCCCCCCUUUUCCCGCUUUCCCGCCCAUCGCCACGGAGACGCUGCGGUUGCACUACGACUACGAUCGCAGGGAGGAGCAGGCGAACGCCGUGGCGAUGGGAGGAAGAGCGACCGCCACCGCCGGGAAGUUUGAGUCCGAGAACUACUACACACUAAGGCUGAGAGCUCUGUCAGACGGCGUGCUGCUCGACGCCACCUUCCUCCCUCAGUCCUCCUCUUCCUCGGCCUCCCCCUCCCUCCUCUCUCACUCCAACACCUGGACCUCCAUCCUGUCCCACGGAGCCUUCUCCUCACACACACCUCCACCUUCCCCAGUUGACCUCAUAGGUAUGGCAGCCCAGCUGACCAAUCAGAGGCUGGUGUGCAUCCUGGAGGCGUGUCACCUGGGCGGAGCUACAACAGAGAUCGUCCUUAGUCGAGCGUUCCUGCUCACAGUGUAGAAAUGUCCUCAUAAUGUAGAAAUGUCCCCACAAUAUAGAAAUGUACUCACAAUAUAGAAAUGUCCUCACAAUGUAGAAAUGUCCUCACAGUGUAGAAAUGUCCUCAUAAUGUAGAAAUGUCCUCAUAAUGUAGAAAUGUCCCCACAAUGUAGAAAUGUCCUCACAAUGUAGAAAAUGUCCUCACAAUGUAGAAAUGUCCUCACAGUGUAGAAAUGUCCCCAC